AUGAUGAUGAAAAAUUAAGAUAAUGAUAGUUGUAAUGAUAUUAUAACACAUUCAGAAUUAGGUUUUGGAUUAAAUUUAGCAGCAAAAUUAGCUUCAGGUUUUAUUGAAGAUAAUAAUAAAAAUAUAGAAAUAUUAUCAAAUUCUGCUGAUAGUAGUAGUAUAAGCUUUUUAAUUUAAGAUUAAAUAUAAUAAAAAGAGUAGGAUUAAAUUUUAUAAAAGGAAUAAGAUUAAAAUAGAAAUUAAUCAAAUACAGGUGGUUUUAUGAAUCUAAAUAAAUCUUAAUCUUGGUAAUAAGAGGAUAACUUUAUCAUAAAGAAAUAUUGUUAUUAGGAUAAUACUGAUCAUUAUGAGAAUUCAGAAAAAAUUGUAUAAAAAUCAGAUGGUGUCAAAUCAUUUGAAAGCCCAAAUAUUGUUGAGGAAUUUAGUGAACGUAUAAUUAUACCUUAAUCAAAUUAUUUUUAAUUUAGAUCUAUAGAAAGUCCAGGAUAAUUAAUAAUUAAUAAAACAUUCUCGUUUAAAAUAUCAACUUUAUAAUUACAUGAAUGUAAUACUACUUGUAAAAAGAUAUUAAUUGUUGAUGAUUAAAUUUUUAAUUAAAUUGCUCUUAAGGCUAUUUUAAAUCAUUUUGCAAUUUAAUGUGAUUAGGCUUAUGAUGGUUAUUAAGCAAUUUAAAAAGUAAAAGAAAAAUUCUAAACUAAUUGCUAAUUUUAUGAUAUCAUUUUUAUGGAUAUAGAAUUACCAGGAUUAAAUGGAUUUGAAACUUCGAAAGAAGUAAGUUUAUUUAUAUAAUUAUAUAUUAGAUAAUUUCAAUGGGAUGCAAGAAAACAGGAAUUGUAAUUUGUUCAGCUUACGAUACAAAAGAUAACUUAAUAUAAUUUGAUCGUUCUGGGUUAUGCGAUUAUCUAAAAAAACCAAUACUUUAAAUUGAACUACUCUAAAUUCUCAAAAAAUAUUAAUUAGUUAAAUGAUUAUUGUUUUAUUAUGUCUAAUUACUUUCUGUAAUUCAAUUGAGAUAUAUGUUAAUACAAUAAGACCUAAAGAUAAUCCUUCAGAGACAUAUACAUAUUAUGAGUUGCCAUAUUGUAAACCAAAUGAUUUAGAUGAAAUAAUAGAAACAUUUGGUUAAUCAUUAUCUGGUGAUAAAUAGAUGACUUCAAUUUACAAGUUCAAUUCAAAAGAGAAAAUAGAAGAUAAAUAAUUAUGUUAAAGAAAUUUUACAAAUAAAGAAAUAAAUAAAUGGAUUGAUGCAAUAGAUCAAGAAUACAUAAUUGAAUUUUAUUUGACAGAUUUUAUAAUGCAAGAUGUAGUAGGAUAUUAUAAUGAUGGGAAAUAUUAUUUAAAGAAUAAAAUUACAUUUAAUUUAUAUGUAUCAAAUGAUUAACGAUUAAUGUAUGCUAAUAUAACAAUGAAUGAUGGAGAUUUUAAAUUAAUAAAUUCAUAAGAUGAUAAUAUAGAGAUUAAUUUCUAUUUUACUGUUAAAAUCAAAUAAUAUAAUGAGAUGAUAAAUGUUCAUGAUCAUAAUAUAAAAUGGAAUUUAUUAAUAUUUAAAAGCAUAGUAAUCUUAAUUUUAGUAUUAAAUGUCUUCUAAGUAUUGAGGAGAUCAAUAUUAACUGAUUAUAGUAAUAUACCAGAUGAAGAAAAUGAAAUUGAAACUUAAGGAUGGAAAUCAAUCAAAAAUGAAUCAUUAAUGCCUCCAACUAAUUGUAUAUUAUUUUCAGCAUUACUUGGAACAGGUAUUCAUUUUUUAAUAACAAUUUUUAUUUUAUUAAUAUUGGGAUCAUUUGAUUUAUUUGAAUAUCAUAAAGGAUCUAUAAAAUCAGCUGGAAUAAUUAUAUAUAGUUUUUGUGGAUGUAAUUAAAUUUUUAUAAUUAAUUAGCAAUUAAUGGUUAUUAAACAGGAAAGUUUUAUAAAUUUUUUGGAGGAAAGAAUUGGGUAAUAAAUUUGAUCAUAGCCACUUUAUUAUUUCCAAUAUCUGCUAUUGUAAUUCUUUUUAUGAUUGAUAUAAUAUCUUUAUUAUUUGGAACAACAUCAACUUUCUCAUUUACAGCAGUUUUUUCUGUAGGAUUCAUUUUAAUAAUUGUUUAUUUACCAUUAACAAUAAUAGGAGGAGUAUCAGGUAGAUUGAGAACAGUAGAUUAAUUAUUUGAGUAAAGAUUAAAAAAGAAAUUAUUAAUUUCAAAUUAUUUAUAUUUUGCAAAAGGAUGUUUAUAUGGAAUUAUACCUUUCAUGUAAAUUAAAAAUAUUUAUAUUAUAAGAUCUAUUGUAAUAGAAUUGAAUUACAUUAUGUAGAGCACAUGGAGUGAUAAACCAUUUGAGUAAUAUGCUUUAUUGAUCUUUUCAUAUAUUCAAUUAUUAAUUAUAGUAGGUUGUUUAUCUAUUAUUCAAACUUACAAAUAAUUAAAUUAGGGGAAUUAUAAUUGGUAAUGGAUAUCAUUUCUUAAUGGUGGAUAAUGUAUCAUAUAUAUAUUUGGAUUUAUCUUUUGUUAUUAUUAUUUUAUGAAUAUGCAUGGAUUUUUUUAAUUUUUAUUUUAUUUUGCAGAAAGUAUAUUGGCAUGUUUUGUAUUUUGGUUAAUGUUAGGAUUUGUAAGUUAUUGGAUAUCAUUGAAAUUUGUGAUUUAUAUUUAUUCAUAAAAUAAGAUUUAAUGAAAGUUUUUCCGCUUAAUUAUUAUUAUUAUAAUGUAAAAGUAAAUAAUUGGAUAUGAAGCCAUGUUAUAUAUUGAACCAUAUUUGGAUUAAUAGACAGAAGAAAUCAGUAAGAGAGAUUUAUUAAAAAUGUGUGUUGAUCGUAUUAAGGCUUAUUAGAGAGUGAAUUAGUAAAAUAAUAAUAUUAAUCUUAAAGGUUGUUUAGUUAGUUUGAAGAAACUGAAUAAUUAAAAGACUAAUCAAAAUUAAUAGAGAUAUAUUCAAAAGCUAUUAAAUAAUAUAAUGAAUAUGGUUGUUUUGGUGGGAAUGAUAAAUUUUGGAUUGAAGAUAAUGCCGCGCACUUUUUUUUAGAAUUGGCUUAUUCAGACUCAGAUGAAAAAAUUAAUGAAUUUAUUAGAUACUAAAAGCAAUUAUUUUAAAUAAGAUGUGAGGAAUAACUUAGGCAUGAUGAAACAAAUGAUAAAUUAAUAAAAAUCUAUAAAUUAUUAUUAGGAGGUGAUCAAAUAUCCCAUAUAUCUAAAUAAGAAUGGGAAGAAGAUGUACCAAAAUAAUUAAGAUUAUUCAAUUAAGUUGAUAUUUUAGGAAAACAUGUAAUAUUGGGAACUGGUAAAUCAUAACUCAGAAUUUUCAACAAUGUUUAUACAUAUCAAAAAUUCUUUAAAGUAAGAAUCUUUAAUAUUUAGACUCCCUUUUAAAAUGUUUUAUAUUCUGUUUAAUCUCUACAUACAUAUAUAAAGAAUGGAUUUGCAUAUAUACAUGUUGAUGAAUUGUAAUUAUAUAUAUGUUAAUCUUAGAAAUAACUGUUUAUUAGAUUUAUUUUUAGGUAAAAUGAGAAAGAGAAUGCAAUCUCAUUAAAAUACAUUUUAAUAUGAAGAAAUGAAGAAAGAUAAAGAUUUAAUGAACAUGUUUAUGAAAAUUUAAUAAACAGAUUCUGGAAUGUUAAGUUAAAAGUAUUAGAAUUUUGAGUAAGACUCUUUAAAUGCUUUGACAGUUAGAUAAUAAGCUAAGGAGUAAAAUAAAGAAAAAUAUUUUUAGUCAUUUUCCACUUUGUAUGGAGUAUUUGAUAGAUAGAUUAGAAUCUAAUCAUCAUUUAAGACAUGGUGGAAGAUAGUAGAUCCAAUUAUUCUUCAAAUCAGCAGGUAUGAAAAUUGGUGAAGCUGUUAAGUAUAUGAAAAGUAAGUAUUUAUAAUAAUAUAAAUAAAGUGCAAUUUCAAUAAAAAAUAAGUGAAUAGGAAUUUGAUAAAUAAUAUUUGUACAAUAUUAGACAUAAUUAUGGAUUAGAAGGAAAGAGAGAGAAUUAUCAAUGUUAUAGUUGUACAUAUAAUAUGGUAGAAUAUAUAUUAAUAUGAUUUAGAAAUAAAAUCCUGGAAAUGAUGAAUAUCAUGGAUGUCCAAUUAAGAAUUUCAAUUCAGAUGUCUUAGAAAAAUACUUAAAAUCAAAGAGUUAUGAAGAAACAGAUAUUAAAAGACUUAUUGAAUUAAAAAAGGGAAAUCAUUUUUAAUUAGCUUGCACUGAAAUAUGGCAUUUAAAGAAUAAAGGAAGUUAAAAUACUUUAAUUAUUGACAAUCCUAUUGUAUUUUAUAAGGAAUCUUUAAAUCAUAAUAAAAAAGUAUAAUUAAAAGUUGAAACUGAAGAACCAACAAAAUGA